AUGGCUCCGUUGGACGGCCCGUGCUGGCGCUGUGACUCUCUUGGUUUUUGGGGCGGAUGCGCCGCCAACCGAUUCCCAGACCAAUGCGAUGCCAAUCCUGACCUCGCGCGCAAUGUCAACGUGGAGGCCACCAAGGCGCUUGCGGAGGCAACGUUGUCGAGGGAUAUUCUCCUGAUCUAUAUAUCUACGGACUACGUCUUCCCCGGCCGUCCUGGCGAAGCUCCUUAUGAGGCGUCGAUGCAGACGGAGCCUCCGAAUAUCUAUGGGCAAACCAAGCGGGAUGGAGAGAUCGCUGUGCUUGAGACAACCAAGGGCACCGGAAAGGGGGUGAUUUUGAGGAUACCGGUCCUUUACGGAUCCGCAAAUUCCAACAGCGACAGCGCGGUCAAUGUUCUGAUCGAUGCGGUACAAAAGGCACAGGACGCCAAUGCCCAGGUCAAGAUGGAUGACUGGUCAGUGAGAUAUCCGACAAACACCGAGGAUGUCGGAAGGGUGUGCCAUGACAUUGCAGUCAAGUAUCUUGGCGAGCAGGACAAAGCUGGCUCGCUCCCAACUAUCCUCCAGUUCACCUCGGAGGACAAGGUGACCAAAUACGAAAUCUGUAAGAGGUUCGCGGAGAUCCUUGGGUUGCCGUUGUCGGGUAUGGAGAGGGUGAAGCAAAGUGGUACACCCGGCGAGGGCGUGCAACGACCGUACGACACGCAUCUGUCAACGAAGGGGCUGAGGGAAUUGGGAAUCCCGGUUGAUACUCAGGACUUUGUUGCUUGGUGGUAUGUGGCAGUCCUGUCCAACGAUCAUGUUUGA